CCUCAGCGUCGGGACAUUUCACCUCCGGGGGCUGGAGACAGGAGGCAUGCCGUCCUGACCCGACCAUGAUGAAGACCGAAUCCACAUCCAAGAGCCCGGGCUCCGGCUCCGGCUCCACGCUGCGGAGCCCGUCGCCGCACCGGAACGCGUACGAGGCGGGGAUGCAGGCCCUGCAGCCCGUGUCCUCCAACGGGGACAUGCAGGACGGGCCCCGGGGCCGCAGGUACGGGUCCAACGUGCACCGGAUCAAGAACAUGUUCCAGCAGAUGCAGACCACGGCCCCGGCCGACGCGGAGGCGGAGGAGCAGGAGGAGGACGGAGGGGGGGACCGGACCGAGGAGAAGUCCGUCCGGCUCUCCCUGCCCCGAGCCGGGAGCCUGAACGAGAACGUGGACCACAGCGCGCUCCUGAAGCUCGGCUCCUCCGUGUCCGAGCGGGUGCACAGGUUCGACCCCCCCAAGCCGGAGAACGGGGUCCAGCGGGCCGGGUCCCCGAGCUACUCCAAGCUGCAGGAGACCCGGCGCAUGUUCGAGCAACAGCAGCAGGAGAAGCUGGAGAAGCUGGCCACCACCCGGGUGCUGCUGAAGAGCGACAAGGCCUCCGGCUUCCAGGAGGGCCGGCUGGACGCCAUGGCCCGCUUCAACGGCUCCACGGAGUCCCUGGACAGCCUGGACACCAGCGAGGCCGUGUCGCCCACCGUCAGCCAGCUCAGCGCCGUGUUCGAGCGGGCCUCCGAGCUCCGGAACAACCUGCACCGCCUCUCCUCCACCCCCCCGCUGCCCUCCCGGGGGGUCAGCGCCAAGGUGGGCGUGCUGAACUCCAAAAUCAUCACAAAGAGGGUCAGUGCCUUCGCAGCAGGGGGGGGCCACCAGGACGAGGAUGCGGGCUAUCAGAGGGACCAGGAGGGGCCCCCGAGGACCCCCAGGGGGAGGAUGGCCGCCCCUGCAGAGGGCAUCAAUGGGGGUCAGAGCGUUGGACGGGGGUCCCCAAAGUCCGACCGGCCCACUGUGUCGGAUGCAGGUGCAGAGGUCAAACUGUCAGAGUCCUCCAGCUCGACCCAGCGUGGAGACCCCCGGGUCUCCCUGGAGAACGGAGAAGACCCCCAGGGAGGAGGGCUGCUGAGGCCGGACAGGGACCAGGACGCUGAGGAGGACAGGACGCUGAGGGACGACCGCUCGGGCCCGGACUCGAUGGACAUCAGCACCUACAGCGCGGUGGGAGAGGAUGGGGAGGUGGACCAGGAGGAAGAGGAGGAAGAGGAGGAAGAGGAGGAGGAGGAAGACGACAGCUACGAGCCAGAGUCCAGCUGUGUGGAGAUAACUGGGCUGCCGGCGGAGGAGGACCCCCCCGAGUCCAGGAAGAUCCGCUUCAGCACGGACGUCAUCAAGGUGUUUGCCACUUACCCCAAUGAGGACUAUGACCGGCGUAACGAGGACGUGGAUCCCAUGGCGGCGUCUGCUGAGUACGAGCUGGAGAAGAGGGUGGAGAGGCUGGACCUGUUCCCCGCGGAGCUGGAGAAAGACGGCGAUGGCCUCGGCAUCAGCAUCAUCGGGAUGGGCGCCGGAGCCGACAUGGGCCUGGAGAAGCUGGGCAUCUUCGUCAAGACGGUCACGGACGGAGGAGCAGCACAAAGGGAUGGCAGGAUCCUGGUGAACGAUCUGAUCGUGGAGGUGGACGGGACCAGUUUGGUCGGAGUCACCCAGACUUUUGCCGCCACUGUACUCAGGAACACCUCAGGAACCGUCAAGUUUGUGAUCGGGCGAGAGAAGCCGGGCGAGCAGAGCGAGGUGGCCCAGCUCAUCCAGCAGACCCUGGAGCAGGAGCGCUGGCAGAGGGAGAUGAUGGAGCAGCGCUACAACCAGUACAUGGACGAGCAGGAGGGUGCGGAGUAUGGCACAGAUGAAGAGGAGGAUGAUGACGAAGAGGCCAGUCCGCCGUAUCCCAGCGCCAUCGAGGUGUUCGACUUGGCGGAGAACGAGGACAUGUCGCCCCUGGAGACGGACCCUGAGAAACUGGCCCAUAAAUACAAAGAGCUCCAAAUAAAACAUGCUGUGACGCAGGCUGAGAUCCAGCAGCUGAAAAGAAAGCUGCACCACGCGGAGCAGGACAAGCAGCGCUGGCGCAUGGACAAGGCUCAGCUGGAGCAGACGCUGCAGGAGAACAAGGAGCGCAUGGAGAAGCUGGAGGGCUACUGGAUGGAGGCGCAGAGCCUGUGCCAGGCGGUGGACGAGCACCUGAAGGAGACGCAGUCCCAGUACCAGGCGCUGGAGCGCAAGUACAGCAAAGCCAAACGCCUCAUCAAGGAUUAUCAGCAGAAGGAGAUUGAGUAUUUGAAGAAGGAGUCCCAGCGUUCUGCACAAGUUGGGGAGGAGGCCUCCCUCCUGAAAGAGGAGUCAGGACAGCUUCAAGAACAGGUACUGCAGGUGGCCGACCUCGAGUGCCGGGUGGAGGAGCUGAAAUCUGAACCUUUAUAAGCCUUUUUUUUCUUCUUCUUCUCCGUCGUGUGUCUCCGAAAAAGCAGAACUUCAGCAGAUGAAGUAGACGAUUGUGUUGUAGUACUUGCAAUGAACCGCAGGGUAUUUCAUGUCUCCAACCUGAGCUUGGUUUCCGGUCACAUACUGUAUAUGUGUUCCUCCUCUCCCCCCCCCAGCCCAGGCUUUGUAUUCACCCUUUGGAAACAUUGUUUUCUUGUUUAACAUGAAUUCGAACGUGAAGAACGGAUCUUUAUCAUCAACGAAUACAGACUCUGUCGAGCUCUAGAUGUAAUGUUCCUUUUUUUAUAAGUUCAGUAUUUAAUCCUUUAAUUUGUGGUUUUGUGACAGACCAUGCUGUCGCUUUUUAAUUGCCAAAAAAAACCCAACCUCCUCUCUUUCUUUCGACUAGUUUUGUGACCUCUUUGUUUUCUGAGUUUGUACAGCUGUGAUACUGUGUGGUUUAACAAUCAAUUUGGUUUGUACAAAUUUUUAUUAUGUGUAUAACAUUUAACAUAAUAUAAACUAAUGAGAUUGAGGAUUGUUGUGUAUAUUUUAUGUGACGAAGACGUGUGAAGUGGACGGAGAUUGCACUGAAGAAGACAUCCCACCCGGUGCUUCACUGGAACGGAGGAACAAACGGGAACGAGACGUUGUUUUGGAUUUUAUUUUUCAUUUUUUUUUGAAGUUGUACAAACGGUAACCCAACCUUCAUAGGGGUCUUGUCACUUAACCUUGAAAACCACCUGCUGCCUACCUUUCAGAAGUGUUUGUGUAUUUUUUACACAUAAAGACUCAGUAACGAGCGACCGAUCCUCCAGUUUCAACCCCUCGCUUCUUUGAAAAUACAAAAAAAAAAAAAAAAAAAGGAACAGGACCACCGAGACGAGCCUCCACAACUGCUGUGCCACAAAUCAAAAAUGGAAUCUUCUUUUUUUCCCCGUCUCCCCUUCUAAAAAUGGAUGUUGUCAAGGACUUGUGUAACUGGUAUUAGUUAGGACUACUGAUAUGAGAAACAUUACUGGAUUACUGGGGUGUUAACGGAGCCGUGACCAGCAGCAAAGUUGCAGAUUUAAAACAAAAACAAACCAGCAGCUGCACUUGACACCGCUGUGUGUAGCACAUGGAAAACACUGCCAGGUUUCUACCUGUUUCAAUUUACGCACAGUUUAAAAAUGAAACUCCAGUCAACUUGUGACGACCGUCAUAAACCAGUAUGUUUGUAUAGUUCAGGUAAGACUGAAAUAUUUUACGUAAUAUUUAUAAUAUAGUCCAGGUGCGAAAUAAGAAAGCUAACAAGGACAAAAUCUUUACAAAAGCAAUGUUCAAUAGACAACGUUAUACUGUGUCAUGUAAAACAAGUAGUAGAUCUGAAUGACGACAAAAACAAAGAUUAACAAAUUGAAAAAAAAGGCAUGGUUAUGAGUAUUUUCAUAAUAUUAAGGCUUGUACAGUGCACAUGCUUUGCAUUGUAUGUUUUGUGGAAUAAAUGGUCAACAGUAACGGUCAUGAUGGUUUUUAUUUCAAAGCACGUUGACAUUGUGAAACGAGCAUUUUGUUCAUGUGAAUGUGCAUCUUCCUUUUCUUCAG